AUGCCUCGUCGUAGGGACGACGAUGAAGAUGACGAUAUUGAUGCUGAUGAUGAAGAGUAUGAGGAUGAGAUGGAGCAGCCUUUGGAUGACGAGGAGGAAGAGGAAGAUCGCUCGAGUAGGAAGCGGAGGAGAUCGAAUUUUAUAGACGAUGUUGCUGAGGAGGAUGAGGAUGAGGAGGAAGAAGAGGAGGAUGAUGAGGAUUUUGGUGGCGGUGCUAGGCGGCGGCGUGCUAAGAGGCCUAGUGGUUCUCAGUUUUUGGAUAUUGAGGCGGAGGUCGAUAGCGAGGAUGAUGAAGAGGAGGACGAUGGAGAGGACGACUUCAUAGUUGAUGGUGCAACUGAUAUACCCGAUGAAGAUGAAAAUAGAAGGAUGCAUCGCCGCCCAUUGCUACCCCGAGAGGAUGAACAGGAGGAUGUUGAAGCACUUGAAAGAAGGAUUCAAGCUAGAUAUGCAAGGUCAAAUCAUAUGGAAUAUGACGAGGAGACAACUGAAGUGGAGCAGCAAGCGCUUCUACCUUCUGUAAGGGAUCCAAAGUUGUGGAUGGUUAAAUGCGCGAUUGGCCAUGAGAGAGAGGCUGCUGUUUGUCUAAUGCAAAAAUGCAUUGAUAGAGGGCCUGAAAUGCAAAUAAGAUCUGCAAUUGCUCUUGAUCAUUUGAAGAACUUUAUAUAUAUUGAAGCGGACAAAGAAGCCCAUGUUAGAGAGGCUUGUAAAGGUCUACGCAACAUAUAUUCACAAAAAGUAAUGCUUGUUCCAAUUAAAGAGAUGACUGAUGUUCUCUCUGUUGAAAGCAAAGCAAUUGAUCUUUCCAGAGAUACGUGGGUCAGGAUGAAGAUUGGGACAUACAAGGGGGAUCUUGCCAAGGUGGUGGAUGUUGAUAAUGUGCGGCAGAGGGUUACUGUGAAACUUAUUCCUCGGAUAGACCUACAGGCUCUUGCAAACAAAUUGGAAGGUAGAGAAGUUGCUAAGAAGAAGGCAUUUGUUCCUCCACCCCGUUUUAUGAAUAUUGAUGAAGCUAGAGAGUUGCAUAUCCGUGUAGAGCGCAGACGCGAUCCCAUUACUGGAGAAUACUUUGAGAACAUAGGUGGCAUGUUUUUCAAAGAUGGUUUCUUGUACAAAACAGUGUCCAUGAAGUCAAUAAGUGCCCAAAACAUAAAACCAACUUUUGAUGAACUUGAGAAAUUUCGAAAGCCUGGGGAAAAUGGUGAUGGGGAUAUUGCUAGUUUGUCUACCUUGUUUGCAAACCGAAAGAAAGGGCACUUUAUGAAGGGUGAUGCUGUCAUUGUUGUCAAGGGGGAUCUCAAGAAUCUGAAAGGAUGGGUAGAGAAAGUAGAGGAAGAGAAUGUCCACAUCAGACCAGAAAUGAAAGGCCUUCCUAAAACUCUUGCUGUGAAUGAAAGAGAACUUUGCAAGUACUUUGAGCCUGGAAAUCAUGUAAAAGUUGUAACGGGGACUCAGGAGGGGGCUACUGGUAUGGUUGUGAAGGUGGAGCAGCAUGUGCUUAUUAUACUGUCUGAUACAACCAAGGAACACAUCCGGGUAUUUGCUGAUGAUGUUGUUGAGAGCUCUGAGGUAACAACUGGUGUGACGAAAAUUGGGGAUUAUGAACUUCAUGAUCUUGUGUUAUUGGAUAAUAUGAGCUUUGGCGUGAUUAUACGUGUAGAAAGUGAGGCUUUUCAGGUUCUUAAGGGUAUUCCAGAUAGACCUGAGGUUGAUAUCGUUAAGUUGAGGGAAAUAAAAAGUAAGAUUGACAAGAAAAUCAGUGUUCAAGAUCGACACAAUAACACAAUUUCCGCCAAAGACAUUGUCAGGAUUCUUGAAGGUCCUUGUAAGGGAAAACAAGGUCCAGUGGAGCACAUAUACAGAGGUGUGCUGUUCAUUUAUGAUCGCCAUCACUUGGAACAUGCUGGCUUUAUAUGUGUUAAAUCACAUUCUUGUGUUGUUGUGGGUGGAUCCCGAACUAAUGGAAAUAGAAAUGGUAAUUCGUACUCUAGGCUUGCUGGCCUUGGGGCUCCACCUCGUUUUCCUCAGUCGCCUAAGAGAUUUUCCAGAGGAGGUCCCCCGAAUGAUUCUGGUGGAAGAAAUAGAGGUGGAAGAGGGCAUCAUGAUGGUUUGGUUGGAUCAACAGUGAAAGUUCGGCAGGGUCCUUACAAGGGUUACCGUGGGCGUGUUGUUGAAAUAAAAGGCCAACUGGUUCGAGUAGAGCUUGAGUCUCAAAUGAAAGUUGUCACAGUUGACCGCAAUUUUAUCUCAGAUAAUGUGGCUGUUUCAACCCCCUAUCGUGAUACAUCUAGAUAUGGUAUGGGAAGUGAAACUCCCAUGCAUCCUUCUCGAACUCCUCUGCAUCCGUACAUGACCCCAAUGAGAGAUAUGGGAACAACGCCAAGUCAUGAUGGCAUGAGGACACCAAUGCGAAAUCGAGCAUGGAAUCCAUAUGCACCCAUGAGUCCGUCAAGGGAGAGCUGGGAGGAAGGGAACCCUGCAACUUGGGGAGCGAGUCCACAGUACCAGCCAGGAAGCCCUCCUUCACGAACUUACGAAGCUCCAACUCCUGGUACUGGUUGGGCCAACACUCCUGGUGGCAGUUACAGUGAUGCCGGUACCCCUCGGGAUAGUGGUUCAGCCUAUGCAAAUGCCCCGAGCCCAUACUUGCCUUCAACUCCUGGUGGACAGCCCAUGACACCAAAUUCAGCAUCCUAUCUUCCUGGUACUCCUGGCGGGCAGCCAAUGACACCAGGCACAGGUGGUCUGGAUAUGAUGUCUCCUGUUAUAGGUGGUGAUGCCGACGGACCAUGGUACAUGCCAGACAUAUUGGUCAAUGUCCGGAGAGGAGAUGAGCUGAUCAUGGGAGUAAUCCGUGAGGUGCUUCCGGAUGGCUCAUGUAGGGUAGGUCUUGGGUCAAGUGGAAAUGGUGAAACGAUAACAGCCAUUUCUAGCGACAUAGAAGCCAUUGUUCCUAGGAAGUCGGACAAGAUCAAGAUAAUGGGUGGUGCACUGCGUGGCGCCACUGGGAAGUUGAUUGGUGUGGAUGGCACCGAUGGAAUAGUGAAGGUAGACGACACUCUUGAUGUUAAGAUUUUGGAUUUAGUUAUUCUUGCAAAACUAGCCCAACCAUAAUUUUAUUGGUUAUAAACGAGAAUCAUACUGUAUACUAGUAGUCUAGUGUAAGCUUUUUGUACAAUUAUAAAUGAAUUCCGGGGUUCAUGUGCCAAAACUCUCUCUCCCCUUCAGUUCCUUGUUUCUUCACCCGUUGCUUCUUAGUGCUUGUAACCUAGUUCACUUAUUCAUACCCCUGCAACGAGUCCUCCAAAUGGUAACUACAUGUCAUGGUUUAGAUCUUUUGUUUUAGUUUGUGAACAAUUUACGCUUGUUACCUUUAGGUCUUUUAUACUUUCAACCAUUUAGCUUUUGUUUCUGAA